AUGGCACUGUGGAGACUUGCUGAACAUGGAAAACUAGAAUGUAAGGUGACAUGGAGGAGUAAAAGACAAUCGGCUGAGACCGCAAUGCGCGACGAAGCAUAUAACUGCAUGGAUAUUUCAUGUCUUUGCCCGUAUUUUGGUGGUUUGUUGGAUGCAGCUGGAAAUUGCGUGCUUCCAUCUGGUAACUUCCUUACAAGGGCUAUUCGAAAAGAACUGCGAACACUUACACCGACAGAACGAGCAAAUUUGUUUAAUGCUUUUGUCCAGUUGAAGCAGCGCGGUGAAUAUGAUCGUCUUUCAGCAAUACAUCGUGAUUUUUCCAAAAACAGCGGCGCACAUUUCGGUCCAUCAUUUCUGAUCUGGCAUCGAGAAUACUUGAAAAGAGUGGAAAUAGCUUUGCGUAUGAUUGAUCCAACAGUUGCAAUACCUUACUGGGAUUCUGUAAUGGAUGGUUAUCUUCCAAAUCCAAAAGAUUCGACAAUGUGGACUAACGAGCUUGUUGGCAGUACAGAUGCGUCUGGAAAUGUUAUAGAUGGACCUUUUGCAAAUUUUCCUACUCUAGAAGGUCAUUUGCACAUCACUCGGUUUCUUGGAAGAGAAGGUCAUCUCUUUACUGAAAAUAAUAUUAAAGAUUUUCUGGCGCAAACUAAGAUCGAAAACAUUCUUACUGCUACAGCCCCGAAACGAGGUUGCCCUUAUGCGCCAUUUCUAGGCGCUAUUGAAUAUAGACAUGCUAGCGUUCACCUGUGGGUUGGUGGAGAUCUGAAGCCUCCAAGUACUUCUGCAAACGACCCGUUAUUCUUCUUUCUUCAUGCUUUUGUUGAUUUCGUUUAUGAAUUAUGGCGACAGAUGAGACAAGAUCGUACUGAACGAGAAACGGCAUUCCCAAUAGAAAACAACUUCUGUGAAGAUCCCAAACAUUUCGCUUCAGCAACUAUGUUUCCAUUUAAAAAAAGAAAUAUUGAAGGCAAGUCUUUGAAUCAACCGCACAGUUUAUCAAACGCCUAUACAGAUUUUAUGUACACUUACGCACCUCAUCCAAAAUGCAGUAAAUCAUCACAGGACUGCCAGUCACCAUUUCUCUUCUGUAACUUGAAUGCUCCAUUCCCACGGUGCGUAGCGAAGAUAAAACCUGGAGGAAGAUGUGACGGUUUUGAAAGAGAAGAUGCUUGCUUUGGUAGUGUUUGCAUCGACUCUCGGUGCCGAAUGCAAGAAGGUGGAGGAACAAGUCACUGCUUGAACAAAGAGCCAUGUUGUGGGAUUCGAACAAGAAGAGGAGAAUGUUAUUCAAACCCAAUUUACAUGAAGGAGUACUGUAUGAGAAGCUGCGGUUUUUGCGCAUCAAGUGAUCGGACUGAUGCCUGCGUUAAUCGUCAUGCACUCUGCUCGAUAUGGUCAUCUGCAGGUCAGUGCGUCAUUCGGCGAGGCUGGAUGGCUGAAAACUGUCGCCCGAGUUGUGGAUGGUGUCGUCUGCCAUUAGAGCACUUUUGCUAUCUUGGAACCAAGUUUGGCUGA